CCAAAUAGGAACUCUGAACCUAAGUUGUUUAUAGUGGAGACGUGCAUUGUGACAAGCACGAACUACACCCGUUCUUUUAACACAACAGAAGAACUCAUCAUCUACGUCGCAGCUAUGCUCAAUGCGGCGGCACUGAGAUUCUCUGAAAUGGUUUGUCCAACAAUAAAGUUCCAGCUUAACCAAGUUCUGCAGGUUCAGGAUGAAAAAAUUUUCGGCAACAGCACCUGCGGCAAAGCUAACAAUGGGUUUAGGCAUCAAAAGGGCACCAUCGUCUGCGGCUUUGACGCUGAAGAUACGUUAAACAAGACGAUAGAUUAUGUAAACGCAUGUGAAGUUGUACCAUGCGAUAUUGUUUACCACAUUACCAGUGCAGAACUUACAUUCGUCGUAAAUGGCACGUUUUCUACCGACAUCACAGGUUUGGCCACAAUUGGUGGUGCGUGUACAGACCAAAGAUUUGGCGUGGGAGAAGACAAACCUCACACGUACCUCGGACUUAUGACAAUGGCGCAUGAAUUCGGGCAUUUGUGA